AUGCCGGCUCUCCAUCGGCCUCGUCCUUCUAUCGCCGUGUCGCCUUCACUGGGCUCCCGUCACCCUCGCACGCGGCAUGUCGCAGCACGCGUCCACUCCGGCGGAGGGGCAGCGGACGCCGCGCCAGGCGCUGCGCAGUCAGAGGUGGUGGCGUUCGACGCGCCGAAGAGCAUUCCGGGGAUGAUGGAGCUGCGCCAGCUGCUGACCCACGACCCCGUCGGCGGGUGGGACAAGGCGUGGCAAGCGAGCACGACGCCAUGGGACCUGGGCGGCGUGACGCCGGCUGUAGCGGCGCUCGUGGCGGCACAAGAGGGGUCGCCGCUGCACCUGCCGCCCUCCAUCCGCCGCGUGCUCGUCCCCGGCUGUAGCACCGGCUAUGACGUGGAGGUGUUGGCAUCGGAUGGCAGGGAGGCGACGGCCCUUGACAUCUCGCCUGCCGCUGUGGUGCAUGCUGAGAAGAGAAGGUGGGCGUGCGUGGCAUGGCCCGCUCUACCCUCUCAACCCUCUCCUUCUCCCGCCCAUCCUCCUCCCGUUUGCUGCUCACCAGCGAUUGGAGGGGGUGACAAACAGGGCGGCCAUGGCGUUUUAGUGUGGCAACUGUUUUCACUACCGCCCACCACAGCCCACCACAGCCCUUCCACGCCGCGCCAUCUUCGACUGCCCGUGAGCCCAGCCCGCCCCCAAGCCUCUCACCCCCCACCGCUCUCCCUCUCACUCCCUCACAUACCAAGCACCUGCUGCCAUACUAGCUAUCCCUCCUCUGCUGCUCUCCUUGCCCCAGUCGUGUGCCUGGCAUCUCAAACGCUCCGCCAUCUGGUGUGUCGCAUUCUCUCCUACUGUCACCAACACCAUGUACCCGUCAUCCCCCUUCCCCCUCAACCAGUCUCUGUCAGUGCCCACAUGCCCCAUCGCCCCUGCCAUGCCCCUCACACCCUCAUGCCCCCGCGCACCAUCCCUCCAUGUCCCCCACGCACCAUCCCUCCAUGUCCCCCAUGCACCGUCCCUCCAUGUCCCUCCACGGGUCUCACCGCGUGCAGGUCCUUCUGUGCGCUGGCGCCAUCGCUGAGGGGCAAGAUAGCAGAGCUGCUCGCAUUACUCUCAUGUUCCCCGUGCAUCGAUGGACACGAGGGCGGCCCACCCUAUGCCGUCUCCAAGGACAGGUGCGCCCCUCCUCUCCCCGCGUCCUCCCUCGCCCCUCUCCCGCCUCUCUUCCCUGUCCACCCUUUCCCUACUCUCUCCCUUUCUCCCUUGUUCUACCUGUCCCCCUUGUUCCCCCUUGUCCCCCCUGCUCCGCCUGGUCCGCUUGUCACAUCCGCUGUCACCAGGUCAGUGCUCACAGUCAGUGUGCGUCAGGGCACAGGUCACCAGGGCACGGGGCACCAAGGCAUGGGGCACCAGGGCACUGCUGUGCUUGUCACCACUGCUGGGCUUGUCACCACUGCUGGGCUUGUCACCACUGCUGGGCUUGUCACCACUGCUGUGCUUGUCACCACUGCUGUGCUUGUCACCACUGCUGGGCUUGUCACCACUGCUGGGCUUGUCACCACUGCUGUGCUUGUCACCACUGCUGUGCUUGUCACCACUGCUGGAUUUGUCACCACUGCUAUGCUUGUCACCACUGCUGGGCUUGUCACCACUGCUGGGCUUGUCACCACUGCUGGGCUUGUCACCACUGCUGGAUUUGUCACCACUGCUGUGCUUGUCACCACUGCUGUGCUUGUCACCACUGCUAUGCUUGUCACCACUGCUGGGCUUGUUGCUCACUCCCUCUCUGGCUCAUUGCAUGUGCGGCCACUCACCUGCCUCUGGGUUCCUCUCCCCUUGACUGCACCAGGAGGCGGCUGCUUCUCUCCUUCUCCCCUUGUCUGCACCAGAAGGCGGCUGCUUCUCUCCUACUCCCCUUGUCCGCACCAGAAGGCGGCGGCUUCUCUCCUACUCUUCUUGUCUGCACCAGAGGGCGGCUGCUUCUCUCCUUCUCCCCUUGACUGCACCAGGAGGCGGCUGCUCCUCUCCUUCUCCCCUUGUCUGCACCAGAAGGCGGCUGCUUCUCUCCUACUCCCCUUGUCUGCACCAGAAGGUGGCGGCUUCUCUCCUGCUCUUCUUGACUGCACCAGAAGGCGGCUGCUUCUCUCCUUCUCCCCUUGUCUGCACCAGAAGGCGGCUACUUCUCUCCUUCUCCCCUUGUCCGCACCAGAAGGCGGCUGCUUCUCUCCUUCUCCCCUUGUCCGCACCAGAAGGCGGCUGCUUCUCUCCUUCUCCCCUUGUCUGCACCAGAAGGUGGCUGCUUCUCUCCUACUCCCCUUGUCCGCACCAGGAGGCCGCUGCUUCUCUCCUUCUCCCCUUGUCUGCACCAGAAGGCGGCUGCUUCUCUCCUUCUCCCCUUGUCUGCACCAGAAGGUGGCUGCUUCUCUCCUACUCCCCUUGUCCGCACCAGGAGGCGGCUGCUUCUCUCCUUCUCCCCUUGUCUGCACCAGGAGGCGGCUGCUUCUCUGCUUCUCCCCUUGUCUGCACCAGAAGGCGGCUGCUUCUCUGCUUCUCCCCUUGUCUGCACCAGAAGGCGGCUGCUUCUCUACUUCUCCCCUUGUCUGCACCAGAAGGCGGCUGCUUCUCUCCUUCUCCCCUUGUCUGCACCAGAAGGCGGCUGCUUCUCUCCUUCUCCCCUUGUCUGCACCAGAAGGCGGCUGCUUCUCUCCUUCUCCCCUUGUCCGCACCAGAAGGCGGCUGCUUCUCUCCUUCUCCCCUUGUCCGCACCAGAAGGCGGCUGCUUCUCUCCUUCUCCCCUUGUCUGCACCAGGAGGCGGCUGCUUCUCUCCUUCUCCCCUUGUCUGCACCAGAAGGCGGCUGCUUCUCUCCUUCUCCCCUUGUCUGCACCAGGAGGCAGCUGCUUCUCUCCUUCUCCCCUUGUCUGCACCAGGAGGCGGCUGCUUCUCUCCUUCUCCCCUUGUCUGCACCAGAAGGCGGCUGCUUCUCUCCUUCUCCCCUUGA